AUGACUGUCAGAGACUGGGCCAACCGAGGCCAGACCUAUGUCAAUGCUCGAGCCCCAAACCUUCUGGGACGGUUCAGAUCGACGGACGAUGAAGACGAGAAUAAUCCUUCAACUGAGCUCGCUACUGAUACCACUUCAGCCUAUGGAUCCACUGCUGCUUCCGUUGUCACAAUGGCUAACUCCAAACCCGAUGACGUGUCUCUCUACGCUACCUCAUCGCACCACCAUGAGUACUUCACAGGCUCCGCUUGGAUCCAUCCAGUCUACACCAAGGAGCAGAUGGACGCUCUCGAGGUCAAUCAUCGAAAGACUGAGACGUUUUCCGACCGGGUCGCCCUGAGAGCUAUUCUCCUCAUGAGAAUCAUUUUCGACUUAUGCACCGGCUACAAGCACCCAAAAGAAGGGGAAGCCCAUCUACCAAAGUUCCGUAUGACCACCAGACAGUGGCUAGACAGAUUCCUGUUUCUAGAGUCCAUUGCUGGAGUUCCCGGAAUGGUGGCCGGGAUGAUCAGACACCUUCACUCGCUACGUGCCUUGAGACGUGAUAGAGCCUGGAUCGAGUCUCUGGUUGAGGAAGCUUACAAUGAGAGAAUGCAUCUUCUGACAUUCUUGAAGCUACAGAAGCCUAGUGUACAGAUGCGCACUGGGCUCCUGAUCGGUCAGAUCAUCUUCUACAACCUCUUCUUCAUAUCUUACUUGAUCUCCCCCGCAACCUGUCAUCGGUUCGUGGGCUACCUUGAGGAAGAGGCUGUCAUCACCUACACCAGGUGUCUGGAAGACAUUGACGCCGGACGUCUGCCGGAGCUCGCAUCGAUGGAAGUUCCUGACAUCGCCAGAACCUACUGGCAUAUGGAGGACGACUGUACCAUGCGUGAUUUAAUCCAAUAUGUGCGGGCCGACGAAGCUAAGCAUUGUGAAGUGAAUCACACUUUCGGAAAUCUGCACCAGACCUCCGAUCGAAACCCGUUUGCGCUCGUCAUUGACAACGGGCGACCGCAACCUUCUAAGGACUUGACUACAUUCCGAAGUGUCGGAUGGAGACGAGAUGAAAUUGCUAACUAA